CCAGUUCUGGUGUUUUCAGGAUGUGUCGAAAGAACACUGUUGAUCAUUUAAGUGAUAAUUUGUAGUAAAAAAUCGUUAGCCACUUCAAUUUGGGAUACCAAGACCGAAUUAAAUAUAUUACAAAUAGAACAAGAUAAAUAGUUGUUGUAAAUUAUAAAUGAAUUAGGUGGCAAAGAUGUAAAUAGUUAAUAAAAAAGUUGAAAUAUUAAUGUUGUGCGUGAUAAUGUUGCAAUAUAUCAUCAGCUGACUGUUUGGCGCCAUUACUUCAGCCAAUAGGGUCGUGUUUUAAAUAACUCCACUUUUUUAAUUGAUAUCAAUUGUUAGCAAUUUCAAUGUUGCGCAUUUAGUUUCUUCAAUAAGACGAAAAAAUAGUUAUCUGCUGCUUUUUCAAUGAUCACCAAACAAUAUUUGAAUUUUGUAUUUGUAACAUACUAGCUGAUUGGUGGAUGAAAUGCCGCCAAAAUGGAGUUUUACCGCUCAAACUGACCCGUAUGUAAUUUUUAGCUUCAGUUCCAAGCGUUCUUUGCUUGUAGUAAGUUCAAUUUUAUACAAUGGCACCUCCUGAGACAAUUAAUAAAGAAAAUAUGAACACUUCUAUGUCUAACCUAUACAUUGGCAAGAAGGUAGACAAUAAUCCUGUCCUCAAGAAGGGCACUUUAACUGAGAAUAAGAAUUUAGAUAAUGUUCUUGGAGAUGAGCAAAAGGUGAUUACAGACAGGAAGGCUUGUGAAAAGGAAGUUUACGAUGCACAGAAAGAACCCCUCCUUAGAGAUAACCCGAGGAGAUUUGUUAUUUUCCCAAUUGAAUACCAUGAUAUCUGGAAGAUGUACAAAAAAGCUGAGGCAUCAUUUUGGACGGCUGAAGAAGUUGAUCUUUCAAAGGAUUUGAGUCAUUGGGAACAACUGAAGCCUGAUGAAAGGCAUUUUAUAUCUCACGUCCUUGCUUUUUUCGCUGCAUCAGAUGGAAUAGUAAAUGAAAAUCUUGUUGAAAGGUUUUCCCAAGAAGUUCAGGUUACUGAAGCAAGAUGUUUCUAUGGUUUUCAAAUUGCAAUGGAAAAUGUCCAUUCUGAAAUGUAUAGCCUUCUUAUCGAUACCUAUAUUAGGGAUUCUAAGGAAAGGGAUUAUCUGUUCAAUGCCAUCGAAACAAUGGAGUGUGUUAAGAAGAAGGCUGAUUGGGCACUCUCUUGGAUUUCCAGCCCGACAGCCACUUUCGGCGAGAGAAUUGUAGCUUUUGCUGCGGUCGAAGGAAUAUUCUUUUCUGGUUCCUUUGCUUCCAUUUUUUGGCUGAAGAAGAGGGGUCUAAUGCCAGGACUUACCUUUUCUAAUGAGCUAAUAUCUCGGGACGAGGGUCUUCAUUGUGACUUCGCCUGUCUAAUGUUUAAGCACCUUGUUCAGAAACCAUCAGUCGAGAGGGUGACCGAAAUUAUCAGUAAUGCUGUAGUAAUAGAACAGGAAUUCCUUACCGAAGCGCUGCCAGUUGCUAUGAUUGGGAUGAACUGUGAUCUGAUGAAACAGUACAUUGAAUUUGUUGCAGAUCGAUUGCUAGUGGAACUUGGUUGUCCAAAGAUUUAUAAUUCUACUAAUCCAUUUGACUUCAUGGAACAUAUUUCUCUUGAGGGAAAGACCAACUUUUUUGAAAAGAAAGUCGGAGAGUAUCAAAAGGCUGGUGUUAUGUCUUCGAAGGAGGAAAGUGUCUUCACACUCGAUGCCGAUUUCUAACGUUGAUUUAUUUUUACAUAGAUUAUAAAAGCUAUGCACAUUCUUGUAAAGAUGUAUGUAUAUUAUAACGUUGAAGAACCAUUUUGGUUCAAAGCGUGUGUAUUAUAUAACGUGUAUAUUCCAUACAAAAAAUUCAAAAUAUUAUUUUAGCUUUAUUUUAAAAAUGUUUCUUUACCUUCCUUAUGUUUGCUUUAAAGGUAGCUGAGUACUAAUUUGUAGAAACUUAGCUAUGUUCAAAAUUUUUAGCAAAAUAAGGCUUUGCUAUCAUCUUUUUUACUAUUUUUUUUUUUUGGUGGUUAGGGAUGGUUGCAUCCUUAGGUUUAAUGAACUCACCAAAAUUAAAAGUUUUAUAUGAUCUGGUAAUUGUAACCCUUAUUAAAAAUGUUUCCUAAUUGUUAACAAUGCCUUAUGUUAUAUUUGUACUUAAACGCUUUAACGGAUCAUUUAUAAUAUUUUUUUAAUUGUGUAUAAAAUAUACUGCCUUGCAUUUUAUUCUAAUAUUUUAUAUUUUCAAACAACCAUUUCAAUGAAAUAGUAAUAUUUCUUUGUAGCCAAUUAAAUUAGAUCUCUAAUGCUGUACUGAAAUGGUAAGAUUGUAAAAAUUAUUUGAUUCCGUUCAUUAACUCUUAGCCUUCACCUUAGAUUUAUUUUAGUUUUAAUUUUUUACUUAUUGCACAUUUUACUUAUGUUUUAUUCAUUAAUUAUUAUUACUAUGAUCAUAAACAUUUUAAUUGAUUAUGUUUAAUACGUUAAUAUAAUAUAUAUUAAAUUAGUUUCAGUUUGCUAGAAUCCCAGACCUUUCUUGAGUUAAUUUUUUAUUGCUUUAAUUAAUUAAAAUUGUCAGUUCCUACUGUUAAAACAUAUUUGUUUAUGAUGUAUAAGUUUAAAGGCUUUAAAAUUAAAGUAUUUGUGAUUAAUUAUUAACAGUUGACAUUUAAUAAUAGAAAAAAAAAAACCUUGUCAAAUAUUUUAGUUCAUUUCAGGUGGAUUUAUUGAACUGUUAUUGUGUUACCAAUUUUGACUAAAAUCUUAAAAAAAUCUUAGCUUACAUUGUGUUAUAUUUAUUUUUUAAAUUGGUUUGUUAAAUUAGAUUAGAUUUUUAUAUAUAAAUGUUAAACAAAGAAAAAAUCCUGUUAAAUAUAAUUUUAUGUUAAUUAAAUAUCAGUUUGUGAAAUAAUAAAUAUACUUUUUUCUUUCA